CUGGAACGAACCUUAUGCAAAAAAUUCUCCAUCUGGACCGACCCAUUAUGUCGAAGCUCGGCGCGAACCUCGAAACUUCUACUCAAGGGCCCCAGACCAUCAUUCAUAUACAGCAACUGACUCCGAUGAAUGCGAUGUAAUGAUCCGUGCUAAUCGACGGGGAGUCCAUUCUGAUGAAGAGUCGGAACAAUCCGACGACGAGGAUGGCGAAAGUCUCUACAGCUUCACACCUUCAUACGGUUCAGCUUCAGAGAAUAUCUCUCACGAAAUGAAGCAUUCCAAAAACAUAGCCACACCAUCUCUAGCAUUGUUUGACAUAACAGCGCCAGCAUCAAAGUUCAAGGUAAUCCAUGUGUAUGAAUCAAAAUACACAGGUGAUGAGUUACCAGAAUGGCAUCAUAUGUCAAACCUUACGUUGCUACACGAGCCUUGCGGCUCUAGCACACUCUGUCUAGAUGAGCAAGUGAUGAUUCUUGGCAGUUUUUCCAACCAGGUGGUCAACAUCUCAAGUCCAACAACCCCCGAGAAGAACAGCCUUGCAAAACUCUUACGAGACGUCAAACAUAGGACUAUUGGACGCAAGAAGACUAUCUGGGGGACUCAUCAGUACGUCACGCCUGGGGUGGUAAUGCGCGUGUUGGAAUCAAACGAAAAGAACAAGCCACCCACGUCACCUCGUUCUCUGUAUUGCCCUCACGCUAAUGCAAGCCGACUUCUCCCAACACCCGAGGGCACGAGGUAUGCAGCAGGUGGUACAACAAGUGGCUGGUGUUCCAGCCGAACACCGUUUCCACAUCUCAGAUGUGGGCCAUUAUAGUGGACAAGUGUAGAUUCUGUAUUCUUUUCAAACUCUCUUCAAAUAAAAGUAAUGAAGAAGAAAACCCGCU